AGACGCAGACGGUGGUGGACAGAGAGAGCGACGGCUCCGGGCCGGCACGAGGUGAGAUGCGCCCUUAUCGCCCUUAUCGCUCUCAAUCGUCCGUGCAGUUUCUAUCGGGGUGCCCCGACGCUCCUCGCCAGCCGGGACACAACCUCGACGACUAACAACGAUAGCGGCGAUACAGGACCGGAGAACAGCCCGCCCCGAGUGACCCGGCUGACACACCGAACAUCAGCGGAGGGAUAAGAUUCGAGAAUGGGGGGCGGAGAAUGGAGAGGCUGGUUGCAACGAUGCCGGGAAUCCCGCAAGCUCGUUCUCAUCAUCGUUGCCAUCGCCCUGCUGUUGGAUAAUAUGUUGCUGACGACUGUGGUCCCAAUAAUGCCGGAAUUCCUCUAUGACAUCAAACAUCCCAACGCAACAUUGAGCGAACGUCUGGAAGGAAGCGGGUCUCAUCAAACUAUAAUCACCACUACCGCCUCGCCGACAACCACAACGACAGCAACGGCUACAUCAACAACGCCAAAAUGCCCGUGCGCCCCGAACAUAUCGGUUCCUACCGGAUUAGCAUUUCGACACCCCACCACCCCCGCCAUGGACCUAGAAAUUACCACGGUCAAUCUUACGUUGUCGGAAGUAAAGGAAAAAGAGCAGAGGCACCGAGAAUUAGUGGACGAAACCGUGGAAGUGGGAAUAAUGUUCGCUUCCAAAGCCUUUGUCCAGUUGUUGGCUAACCCUAUAGUUGGGCCAUUGACCCACAAGAUCGGCUACAGCAUACCUAUGUUUACCGGAUUCAUUAUCAUGUUUUUAUCCUCGCUGAUUUUUGCUUUCGGACGAAGCUACGGUGUGCUUUUUCUAGCACGAGCUCUUCAAGGUAUCGGCUCGUCGUGUUCGAGUGUUUCCGGUAUGGGCAUGUUGGCGGAGAGAUAUCAGGACGAUAAGGAACGCGGCAACGCUAUGGGAUUUGCGCUUGGUGGCUUAGCUCUCGGUGUCCUCAUCGGUCCUCCGUUUGGCGGAGCUAUGUACGAAUGGAUUGGGAAAUCUGCCCCGUUUUUGGUCCUUUCCGCGUUAGCUCUCGGCGAUGGAUUGUUACAGCUUCUGAUGCUUCAACCGUCGAUCGUGUAUACGGAAGCGGAACCGCCGUCAUUGAAGUCUCUCGUCACCGAUCCUUACAUCAUCUUGGCCGCCGGAGCGAUCACGUUCGCGAAUAUGGGUAUCGCUAUGUUGGAACCGAGCCUGCCGAUCUGGAUGAUGGACACGAUGGGUGCCAGUCGUUGGAAACAGGGGGUCACGUUCCUGCCUGCGAGCAUAAGCUACCUGAUCGGCACGAACCUCUUCGGGCCGCUGGGACAUAAAAUAGGCAGGUGGUUAGCGUCGCUGAUUGGACUCGUCGUUAUUGGCAUCUGCUUGAUGUGCAUUCCGCUGGCGAAAAAUAUCAACCACUUGAUCGUACCAAACGCAGGUCUGGGAUUUGCUAUCGGCAUGGUGGACAGUUCGAUGAUGCCCGAGCUGGGUUAUCUAGUGGACAUAAGACAUGCCGCCGUUUACGGAAGCGUGUAUGCCAUCGGCGACGUGGCAUUUUGUCUAGGCUUUACUAUAGGUCCUGCAUUGAGUGGAACUUUGGUCAAAAAUAUUGGUUUCGAAUGGAUGCUUUUCGGGAUAGCCAUAUUAAAUUUCCUUUAUGCGCCUCUUAUGUGCUUCUUAAAAGCGCCACCGACCAAGGAAGAGAAGAAGUCGUUAAUAAUCGGCGAAAAAUCGUCUGUGCGAUACGUCACGUAUCAGAACGAGGAAGAGGACCAAUAAACAGUGAUUCUAAACGUUUUCGAUACAUUUCUGUAUCGCUUAGAGAGAAUUUGUUAUUCGUUUUUCUUCUCUUUUCAACACAUUGUUAAAAAUAAGUUAUUAGCGUUUUAAAAUCUUUAUAUAUAUAUAUAUUUUUUUUUUAAUUUCCACAAUAAUGUUAGAAGAUGUCUUAAAUAUUCUCAUUUUCCAACUUUAAUUUUAAUCGUAUCAGAAUGAGGAUACAACUCCAUUUUGUUAUUUUUCUUUUAUUCAAUAUUAUCGAUAUAUAAAUAUAUCAUACCUAUAUUUUUAGUUUCAUAAAUGAUAAGGAGCUACAAACAUCGACAAUAAGCACAACCGUUGACACGCACUUGAUAACAUUUGGAAAAAAAAAGGACAUGUAAAUGUAAUUAUUAUUUGUAACCGAGUAACGUUUUCACAAAUGAUCUGUCGUCACCACCGGCGAGGGAAAUUGCGAGCGAUCUAACACGCAAGUAGAUUCGAAGAAGUCGCACAACACCACGCUUGGUCUCUAUAAAGAUAAUAUAUUCCGUAAGAGCACAGGUCGCGCUCUGUGAACGUUCGAGAGCAGACUCGAGGAGUUCUCAGCUGCUUCUCAAGUCAAGUCUAACCGGAUAUAUUAUCGAGCGUAUGUCUACAUACUGUAUGUAAUAUGCAAAUAACCGAUAGAUCAAAAAGCCCUGGAGCGACCUGGAGAGUCGCGAGAAAGCGGAGGAAAAAGAGUCUCGCUGUAUCGCGGCGUGCGAUAGAAGAAGGUAUCCGCGUUAAAUCGUGUGUCUGGAGGAUACGUAAUAAGAGAAGGACAAACGCGGCGCGGAAGUUAAACCGUUCAACGCAGAAGGCGCUUUUAGCAUUCCCGUAACUGCGACGCGUUCCGGAUACAAAAGAUGUAAAAUCGAGCGAGAGAAAUGAGAGGUCGCGGUGUUCGCCCUUUGUAUCCGGAACGCCCACAGGAGCCCCCCCCCCCCACAGGAUAUCCUUAAGGCUCUAAGUAUAUAAAAGAGAAAAGAAGAAAAACACGAGUAAAAAAAAACAGGAGAAAUCGAGGGAAAGAGAUGCUGAAGGCAUUGAAGCACACAGAUGUUACACAGCGUCGAGGGAUUAUAAUAAAUAUAUACGUAAUAUGUUACAAUAAAUACGAUUGUUCCAAAGUUGAAGAUGAUAUCGAACGAUUACAUAGCCGAAGAUAAUAUAUAUAUAAAUCAGCGGGACGAGACGGUGUCGCGCGCCUCGGCAGAUCGUGCGAGAACGCCCGGCGCGCUCCUCAGGUGAUGACGAAACACACAAACGGUAAAUUUAGUCUCUUGUCUCAUGAGGAAGAACCGCCCGAUUUGGUUUCCCUGAAUGGCUGCAAGGAAACCGGCGACGAGAAAACGCGACAGUCGGGUGCCAUGAAGAGUUCUUCGCUUGUUCCACGUGAUCGGAAGUCGAAUACGGGCUCACCUCGUCGCGAAAAUCGCCGCGACUUUUCUCACGCGAGGCACCCCGGCGCGUACGAUUUACCGAGGAUUCGCGGGAUCCCAUUGCCGCGGGUGAGAAUAUAAAAGAAGAAAAAAAAAAGAGGGAGAAAGAGAGAGAGAGAGAGAGAGAAGGUAAGCCGCUAGGAAAGCUGCGGCUUCGAGCUUACGCACGCGGGCACGCAAAUUCCGGCGUUUCUCCGUCAAUCGAUUCUUCGAAUACUCGUUAAUCCUCGUUUCUUCCCCGAUUCUCGCGUUCUUCCCGGCAAGAAUUUAACACGGAGAACGCGCCGUGAGAUUUGUCGCGACGGAGAAUAGUAGAAUCUAAGUUUAAUGUUAAAGAAAAGAAAAAAAUGAAUAAAACAAGAAUGGCGAAAAAGAGAGAGAAACGGACGGGGUAGACGAAGCGUUCAGGGGAUUCGCGAAUUAUAUGAUAAACUCUAUGAGGAUUCGCCGCGGGAAACUCUAGCUGUGACGAUUUAUUUAUUCUGUUGCCGAGACGACGGAGACGUUGAGAGAAAGAGAGAGAGGGAGAGAGAGAGAUCGAUCAGGCCGGACCCCGCGAAAAAUAGAACGUUCGUAGAAGCAAUAUAGAGUAUAGCGUAGCUUAACGUUUAACUCGCGUACGCCUACUUGUACGCGAUCCGUCUACGUGUCGUGUUCUAUGUCAGUGUGAUGUAUCUUCGUAUAAAUGUGAUUGCUCGGACAGAAAAAAGGAAAAAAAAAAAUCAACAAGAAUUGUCGUGUAUUUAUUACAUACAUAUCGGAGUACAUCUCGUUGCUAUUCGUGUACGACCGAGUAUACCUUAUUACGUAUAUAAGCGAGUCGGGUAAAAACACCUGUUGAGAUCCUAAGCUACCAAGCUACUUUUCACGGGAGACAUUCGCCAAGACAUUUCUCAUCCAAUUGUCGUUUACGUAGUGAUUACACCGUAAGAGACGUACGUGAUUAGGGCGUAGCGCGUUUGCUUGUUGUGCGAGUAUGCACUAUGCAGUAUUAAAGAGCGGAUUAUAAGCAGUUAUAUCGUAAUCUCUAGAGAUAUAUAUAUAUAAUCGCGAAAGUUAUACGCAGAGUUUGGAAUCUCGUCGGUGUCCGAAUCUUGUUCAUGUUAUCAAAACGAUAAAGCAAAAAUGGGGUCCGGGGUGAAAGGCGGGUUUCGCAGAGCAGAAGUAAAAGAGGUUGUGACCAUUGUGGCAUUAAACUACAGCUUUCCACGCGCGGAUUCCGAACACACAAGGUCGUAAAAAAUCUCUUUACGCACCUACUCCCGGUACGAAGCGCGAGUCAAUUCGAUUCGCGAAUUCCUCGCCAACGCUCGCCCCGUUAAAAUAUACAUAUAUAAAUAUAUAUAUAUAAAUAUUUAAGAAUGUGUCGUGGAGAGAAAUAAAUAAAGGAAGGAGCGAGAGAAAGUGCGAAGGCAACGGCGAAGGAAAGACGAUGGGAAAAAGGAAACAGAAGUGAAAGAAGAGCGAACGAGCCGAAAUUAUGACGAUUUUUCGAGCCGCGCGAAUUCGGAUUCGUUACGUUACCUUCAAACGGCAGAGUUCUGUUUUCACCAACGCGUUCCCCUCGUACCUCCUUCUGUCAUAUAUACGUAUAUAUUACGACGCUGUUGUUAUGAUUAUUAUUUUUAUACGUUAUUUUAUACAUUAUUAUUAUUACUAUUUUUAUUUCGUAAGAAUAAUAAUAACAAUGAGUAUCCUCUCUACUGUCGUGAUUCAAUGUUGUUACGUGAGCUGUUGUACUAUAUCGCGUAGCUAUAUCGCACAAUAUAUUUCACCGAUCUCGUUCCCUUGUAUGUAAAUAUAGUGAAAAAAAAAAAAAAAAAUCUAACGAACUGUCGUCGCCGCUGAGAUACCUUGAAGGAUGUUGUUCCACCGACUUCCUCGGUGGAUCUCUUCUCUCAUUUCAAAUUUACUCUCCUGCGCGAUAUCGUAAGCGUGCGUGUGUAUGUGUAUGUGUAUAUGUAUGGUAUAUGCGCGUGGGUGUGAGUGUGUGUGUAUGGGCACUCGCGGUUAUGUUUGUUUAAACGACCGAACGAAAAUGAGGAGGAACCAAUUUGUCCACACAUACAUUACGUAAAGAUUUAUUAUCCCGAAUAUAUGUAUUGUACGCUUUUCUCUCGCGGAAAAUUACUGACGUUCAAGACGAUUUCAAUUGCCGAACAUAAAGUUUCAUUCAAAAAGACACUAAAUCUAAAACUAUAAAAAUCUAUCGUUCGGUUCUUUCAUUGGAAUUUGCGCUUGAGAAGGAUGAGUUGUAUCUGUACUGCGAUUACGCCAGUUGAUCUCUUACGUUGGAAUUUAAUGGGCAACCGUGCACGCUUAAACAACGUGAAUUAGCGCCUAGCAAAUUACGAUAACAUAUCUGCUAUUCGAAAACGACAUAUCAACAACCAGUGGCUCGCGCUCUUUAUGGUAAAAUCCAAGAGAUUCAACGGCUUGGAAAUAAUAAUCCUUGGAAUUACUGAUAAAUCUAACGUUUCGAACAAAUUGAUUUCAAUUCGUACUUUAAUUUAAAGAGGAUCGACAAAAAUCGCAAAAGACAUCUUCGUCGAGUGUCAAGCCACAUGUACAGGUCGUUCCAAACUAAUCUCGGUAAUCCCGCGAUGUGCAGCUGUAGAACUGAGAUGAAACUGAGCAGAAAAGUCAUGUGUCAUUUUCGCAAAAUUCAUAAUAGUUAAUGGAGAAUUAAUGAUUUUAUCUCAACUGAUAAGCGCACGGUAAACGGUAGACCGGACUCCGUAUGAAGAAAAAUGUCUUACUUCCGGAGUUCUCCUAGAAACGAUGAGCAUCAACUGAUUUCAACAGGCGGAGUGAACAGCGAGCGGCAUGUGACAAAGAAUUGUACGCUGAAAAGAAUCACGCCUCUCGUUGUCGGUUGAUACUCAUCGUUGCUAGAAGAUCUUCGGAAGUAAGCCAUUUUCUUUCAUACAGAAUCCGGCCUACCGCUUCCAGGUCGCUCAUUAGCUCAGACAAAAUAAUAAAGUCCUCAUUAACUAUUGCGGAAUUUUGCAAAAUGACGUGUGACUUUUCUGUUCAGUUUCGCCCGUUCCACCUGCGCAUCGCGGGAACCGAGAUUAAUCUGAGACAUCCUGCAUAAAUGUAUAAUCAUUAACAAUAAAGUUGUAAUAUUUCUUCCUCAAUGAGUUUUAAAAUGCAUCGAAAAUCCAAUAGAAGAAUUUAUCUAAUUCCAACGGAAGAGAUUGAGAGCCGUAAUAACGAAUUGCUCUCCCCAGUAGUGCAUACGAGUUUCUCCAAUUUGCGGGAGAAACAGCGAAACGACUCGAGUCUCGUUUCAUAAUUGGAGUACGAAAGUAUGUGCGCGACGCCGCGAUGAUUAUUUGUGUGAGUCUCUCGUGUAAUUCCUAUUCAGCCCGUAUCGACUACUCGGCCGGCGGCCGAGCAGGCUUAAUUGUACGAAUUGCAGAUGCAAUCAACGUGACUGUGUUGUUAAUCGAAGCGAAUUGUGCGAAGAGAAUCCGUAAAACGUGCCGCGCUAAGCGCCUCGUCGAUCACACGCGGCCACGUACGCUUCCGGCAAAGAAAUGCAAAAUAAUAACGAUAUACGGUCGCACCGCAACUGUUACGUACAAAUAUCACACACCUGACAAACGAAUCGGGAUAUCCGGCUGCUAUAUUUGGGCGUCGCAAGAGGCACGGUAGGAUUCGUAAUCUCCUGGCUGUCGAUUCUCGUAAGAGGAGGUCCUGCGAAGAAGGAGGCGAAUUAAGAAAUUCGUAGGGAUAAUUACAAAAUUCCCAAUCAUUUUUUAGAACGGGGACCGAACGACGGUUUUCUUCUUCUUCUUCUUCUGUACUUUUUGCAUUUAUUCUGAGAUAUUCUCUAGUCGCGGAACUACGAUUAAAUAAUUUUCUUCGAUGCUAAUCGAGAUACGGUGAAUCCCCUUUUGCCUUAUAGCGUAAAUUAAUUAUGUCGUUGUACUUUAUUUUCCGGAAGGUGUUGGAGAAAUUACUCGGCUGCUGGUAAAACAUACGGAAUGAUAGAUCAGUAUAUUGAAAGCAAGAAGAAAUGAAAGGGAAUUCAAGUAAAAUUAAAUCAAUCCUUAAUCUCAUGAAAAUAUAAAAUGUUAAUUAACUUCAUAGAUGAGUUCCCGUCUGUGUUAUUUAAUUUGCCUAUUUUUUCGCAAGGAAAGCACAGCGCACAGCCAUGCGGGGAGUAAAAUCGUGCGAGGGAAACACGCGCGUCAAAUUGAACUGCAAGUAGUAUCGUCGUGCGUCAUUCGGUUGUCAUCGUUUUGCAACGAUGCUUCCGCAUUGGAUAUGUUAUAGAAAAAAGAUGAAGAAGAAGGGAGGAAGAGAGAAAGAGGAAAGGAACGCAAAUUAGCGAACUAUUCGUCGGCCGCUGCUAUUGUGAACAGACAAUAAGCAAUGAAAAAAAAAAAGUGCAAAACCUUCCCUGCAUUCGACACAUUCAGAGGAUCGAUCGAUCGAUUGUUGUCUCGUUGGAAAUCCGCCUACCAAGAAACGACAUUGGCAAAUACGCGAUCCGUCGUUGAAAUCGACAAUGCGUGAGAGAGCAGACAACGUGUGUAAGGAGAAACUAGACGUUCGAUCGGUUACCCAAAAAAAAAAAAAGAAAAAAACUCACCGAGGAAUUUCUUCGUUAGGAAGGUAUUGGACGACGCUUGUCUAUGUAUUUAUCGUUAUAUUAUAGUUUCAGCAGCAGCCUCUCGCGCUCGUUGUAAAAUCGCAGUCUGUAAGUCUGUACCUAUUUAACGUUGUCGUAUCGUUAUAUCGUAGAUAUCUUAACAAGCUGGUGUAUGGGUCCGACUUUCAUGCCUGUGUAGUAAUCGAGGGAAAGAAGAAGAAGAAGAAGAGGAGGGGGAGGAGGGAGAAAAAAGAGAGAUUUAACGACGCGCUUAUCUUAUAGAGCGUAUUUCCUUGCUUUUAGGUGUUAUCAUACAUAUAGUGCGCGAUUAAAUAUCACCGGAAAUCAAAUAACUCGCAUAGAACCUUCUCCACAAGCAAAGGCAGUUAAAGGAAGUUAAGAGAGGAGAGAGCCGCACUAGUUUCUAUAUAUAUAUAUAUUUUUUUUUUUUUGCGCGCGUUUUCGAAUGCGUAACGCCGGCACCGAGAAUCGCCAGUCGAAUUUCGCUUUGAGAUUGUACCCGAAUUGUUGAGGCUUGCGCGAGACACGUAACGCGAUUACAACCAAACCGACUUCUAUAUAUUAAGCGUAUUAAGAUCACAGAAUAAAUAUGGUCACAAAGUAUAUAUCAUCGGUGGGUCGCAUAAAUUAACGCGAUAGAUAAGAGGUAUUCGCGUCAGCAAAGUAACGGAUUCGUUGUUAACUAUUUAAUGUUUAUUCUGACGUCUAUGUGUAUAAUGUGUCUAUGUGUACAUGAGAAGAUAUGUUAUGUCGAAUAAAUAAGCUGAAUGAUCUCUAA